ACAGCUUGCACACACACCACCACCGCUGCCUUGACCAGGAUGGCACCAGCCCAGGCCUCACAGCCCAUCUGCUGGAUACCUACCUGGGGGCUCCUGUUGCUGCUCUGGCCUGUGACCACAGCUACUCAGGAUUGCCCCAGACCCUGUACCUGCCAGUCCUUGGAAACCAUGGGGUUAAAGGUAAACUGUGAGGGGCGAGGCCUCACAGCCCUGCCUGUGCUGCCAGCUAACACUCGCCAGCUCCUGCUGACCAACAACAGCCUACGUUCAGUGCCACCUGGUGCCUUUGACCACAUGCCUCAGCUGUGGGAACUUAAGGUGGCACACAACCCCUGGCACUGCGACUGCAGCCUCACCUACCUACGCCUCUGGCUGGAGGACCACAUGCCCGAGGCCCUGUCACAUGUGUACUGUGCCAGCCCGGACUUGGCUACCCAGCGCCCACUGGGCCAGCUCACAGGCUAUGAGCUAGGUAACUGUGGCUGGAAGCUGCCACCAUCCUGGGCCUAUUCAGGGAUCUGGUGGGAUGUGUCACUGGUGGCUGUGGCUGUGCUAGGCCUGAUUCUGCUGGCUGGUCUACUGAACACAUUUACAGAGUCCCGGAACUGAACCUAGCCCCAAAACCAGGGAGAGCCCAGACCUAAGCCAGGUCCCCAGAAGCAUCAGCCCCAGUCAGCCCAUGCUAUCAAAAGCCCACACGGAGUGGGCUGAGGCCACCUCAUGGGUAAAGGCACUUGCUGCCCAGUCUAAAGACCUGGGUUGGAUCCUCAGAAGAGAAUGGAAUCUCACCUCCUCAGCCUUGCCAUGCCCACACGACAAAUAAAUAAAUGUAAUUUUAAAAGACA